GGCAAAAAUCCCCUCAUCAACCAUCAGCCAUUGACGCUUGUUUACGAUUCUUCUCUAGCCUUUGAUCAUAAUUAUUGUAGAACGUAACCACGACAUUGUUCCUUCCUUACACGAUUCGCUCUUCCACGACCAUACACAAAAAGCACCUUUGUCUUGACUGAAUUCGGGUACAUAAUUUGGCAGCCGCUUGCAAAAUACAACCCAACGCAGGUCUGGCGCUCUCAUCACACAGGCACGAGGUCUGCAGCCAAUAGGGAGCUCGGAACUCUGAUCAGUGAGUGAGAUUGCUGUGUUUUUGCGCAGAGUGGCUGAGUUCUCACAAGGGCACUCCAGCAUGCGAUCGUGACAAUUUUUACAACAUCUCCAACAAAUGUGGGCAAUCUGGCAACGACAAUCUGAACGGAUACUUAUAUGUUGUCUAUCUGGCUCUAUAACGCUAUCACGUUGUACUGCUUGUAGAAUAUUGUGAUAUUCAUACUGGAUGGGAUGGGUGUUUUGUGCUCUGUACUAAAAGACGGCGAGGAAGCGCCGGAUAGCGAAAUUAAAGAGAUCCCGAGAGAGAAGCCGAGAGCCAGAAUCUGGAAGAUGCCUCAAUCUGGAAGACCAGGGACAAAGGCAGAGGAAACCUGCCGUCUCGCGAUUGAGAAAAGAGAAUUCGACACUCCAGAAGAUUAUAAUAAAGCUCUUCAGGCUCUUCAGCUAGUUGAACGGAGAACUGCAUUUGACGCGAAAGCUGAAGAGUUGGCUUCGGAUGUGGAAAAAAGGGCGGCAAAAAUUGUUCAGAGAAUCAGAAAUUAUGAUUGGGACAAUACUUAUGGAAAAUCAGUCGACGCGAAAGGUCUCGCUACUGGAAAGAGAACUCAAGGAGAGCACUUUCUGGGAAACGUGGAUCUCAUCAAUCGUACGGAGUUGAUGAAGAUUGCAAAACGAAUGCCAAAAGGAGCCCACCUUCACAUUCAUUUCAAUUCAUGUUUGCCAGCACGAUUCUUGAUCAAACAAGCUAGAGAUAUUGAUGCAAUGUACAUCCGUAGUACUCUACCUCUCACGUCACCGGAAAAUUACACUGCUUCACGAAUCUCUUUUAUGGUAAUGACACCUCAUGAAGCGACCCACGUGAAAGGAGAGGAGAAAGAAACUUAUGUUCCAUUGGGAGAUGUCACGGAUAUUGAUUAUGUUUCCAACAGAUGGAUGCCAUACAAGCAAUUUCAAAGGCAGUUCAAUUUUAUAGACGAAAACGGGGAAAGAUUGAGCGGCACAUCUGGUGCCGAAACAUGGCUCGAGAGAAAAAUGUUGAUUUCGGAAGACGAGGCUCACGGUUGCUCUCAAACUGGUCGCGGUAUCUGGGAAAAGUUUAAUUAUAGAACUCAGAUGAUGAAAGGAUUAUUUGCUUAUGAGUCGGCAUUCAGGAGCUACACCAAGGAAUGUAUUAAAGAUUUUGUCGAAGAUAACAUCCAGUAUGCUGAGAUACGCCCGAAUUUCAUGGCUACGAACUCCCUCAAGUCUGAUGAUGGCACAAAAACUAUUGGCAAUGAGGGGAUUAUGAAAAUCAUCGACGAAGAGCUUCACCAGACAAUGCAAGAGAUUCGAAGCAAGAAACAGUACUUCGGUGGUAUGAAAGUCAUUUAUUGCACGCCUCGCUCAUUCGAUAGAGGCAAAAUUGAGAUGGCGUUAGACGAGUGCAUUGAUUUGAAGAAGAAGUAUCAGAAACUACUUUGUGGGUUUGAUCUUGUGGGUCAUGAGGAGAUGGGAAACGAGCUUCGACAUUUCGUGCCUGAGUUUCUUGCAUUUCGUCGAAAAUGUCGAGAUCAAAAGCUGGAUAUCCCAUUUAUAUUCCACUGUGGGGAGACGCUAGAGGUUGGCGGCGAAGUGGACGGCAAUCUUUUCGAUGCGAUAUUACUAAACGCGAAGAGAAUAGGGCAUGGUUAUGCAGUCGCAAGGCAUCCUAUUCUCAUGGAAAUAUUUAAAGAGAAGAAAAUUGCCAUUGAAUCAUGUCCUAUCUCUAACGAGGUUCUUGGCCUCACUCCGAACAUUGCAGGACACAAUCUUCCGGUAUUACUGGCAAACAAUGUGCCUUGUACGAUUAAUAGCGACAAUGCUACAUUUUAUAGAUCAUCCUUAUCUCAUGACUUCUAUCAAGUAAUGAUCGGCUCUGAAUCAAUGUCUCUUCAUGGCUGGAAACAACUUGCAGAGUGGAGUUUAGAAUAUAGCUGCCUAGACACUGAGGAGAAAAAAGACGUUACCAAGGAAUGGACGACGCGAUGGAGAGGUUACUGUCAGUGGAUUGUUGAUGAAUAUGGUUGGGUAAAUGAGUGGACACCAGCGUCUGGUCGACAUUGAUUAUUUACCACGAUGAUCAAGGGAGCAAAUGAUGUUACACGUCCAUCGUGCCUCGUUCAGGCUCUUUCGUUGGUUUCGACUUCAUUUAAUACCACCGACUGCAUGUAAGAUGAGGCUGUGGGCUGGGAAUCAGAAAAUGGGUGGAACGAGAUGAUUGUGGGCGUUGAGGCGCACGAGAUUUUGAUAAACGAGUCACAACGAGAGACGACUUCUUACUUUGGAUUUUGGGUGUAUUAUUUUGAUUAUUAUACUUGAUGAGUUUUACUACGUUUUUACCAUAUUAUUUAAUUAUGACUCUUGUCUUAUAUUUGGCUCCUACGUAUUUAUCGUUGGAGCUGUACAAACUCUGAAAUGAAUCCAACACGAGCAAUAAGAAACGAAUUAAUCCAGCUGUUACAUUCAGCCUCAAGACGACCACAUGCCUAGACGGGUACGGGUAGGCAUCUACGAAUAUGUGGCAUGGUUUCGAGUUCGGAGACGGCAAUACGGCAUUAUUGAACAGAUGGUCAUUGUCUGUUAUCCAAUCGAUUAUUUAAUGGCAACGAAAAUAGAAAAUAAAAUCAAUAUAUGCAGCAGGUGUUCGAGUCUUAUCGACCACACACAGAACAGCCAUAUCUUUUAUUAGCCGUGGACUCCGCGUAUAAUCAAUACCCCUUCA